AUGUCUACCACGUCGGAUUUGGACCGUCAAAUCGAACAGCUCCGAAGAUGCGAAAUAAUCAAGGAGUCGGAAGUAAAGCAGCUUUGCGCCAUGGCUCGGGAAAUUCUUGUUGAAGAAUCAAACGUCCAGCGAGUCGAUGCCCCAGUUACUGUUUGCGGAGAUAUUCACGGACAGUUCUACGAUUUAAAGGAACUCUUCAAGGUGGGAGGAGAUGUGCCAGAAACAAAUUAUUUAUUCCUUGGCGAUUUCGUCGACCGAGGCUUCUACUCUGUCGAAACUUUUCUGCUGCUUCUAGCUCUCAAGGUUCGAUAUCCCGAUCGAAUCACUCUCAUCAGAGGAAACCACGAGUCCAGACAGAUUACCCAGGUCUAUGGAUUCUACGAUGAAUGUCUCAGAAAGUACGGAUCCAUCACCGUCUGGAGAUAUUGCACAGAAGUGUUUGACUACCUCAGUCUCUCUGCAGUAAUUGACAACAAGAUUCUCUGCGUCCACGGAGGCUUGAGUCCUUCGAUUUCCAGUCUCGACCAGAUCAGAACUAUCGACAGAAAACAAGAAGUUCCCCACGACGGCCCAAUGUGCGACCUCCUCUGGUCCGAUCCAGAAGACACCACUGGAUGGGGCGUUAGUCCCAGAGGAGCUGGCUUCUUGUUCGGCUCUGAUGUCGUUCGUGAAUUCAAUCGCACAAAUAAUAUUGAUCUGAUUUGCCGCGCGCAUCAGCUUGUAAUGGAGGGAUACAAAUGGCACUUCGAUGAGACUGUUUUAACCGUUUGGUCGGCGCCGAACUAUUGUUACAGAUGUGGAAACGUAGCGGCAAUUUUGGAACUGGACGAGACGCUUCAAAGAGGCUUCACAAUCUUCGAGGCUGCUCCGCAAGAAGUGCGCGGCGUCCCGGCGAAGAAGCCAGUUCCAGACUACUUUUUGUAA